CGCAUUGUGUUUAUGGUCUCAUCUGUCAUAUGAUUGAUGAGUAAUAUUCCUUACGAAAUGGUAGUAGAUACCUCAUUUGCCUCUUAAGUUUCAAUACUAAAUCCUAAUCCUAUUCCUAAGGGACCCUUUGGCUUUUUUCACUGUUGACCCGGUUUCAAUGCUCUCUCUCUCUCUCUCUGGCAGCUGAGCUGAGGAGGAGUUCCGAAAGAUUUGUGCUUUCUUUGGCUUUUUUUGAAUCGGUCAGGCAUCUUCUUUGAAAAAUAUGAGUUCGGGUUCAAAGAAGUCCCCUUCAAAUGGCUUUGAGAAGGCUCCGACAUCUGAAGAGGAGCAGACUAAGGUCUCUGCCACUUAUUAAGGAGGUGAGAAGGUUGAUAGGGCAAUUGCCUGAUAAGCUGUCUAUUUAUUGUUCUGAUGCAUGCAUCGCAAGAUAUCUACGAGCACGUAACUGGCAUGUCAAGAAAGCAACUAAAAUGCUGAAAGCGUCCUUAAAGUGGAGAUUAGAGUACAAACCAGAAGAGAUACGCUGGGAGGACAUUGUGAAUGAAGCAGAGACAGGGAAAAUCUACAGAUCAACUUCUAUUGACAAGCAUGGGAGAACAGUCCUUGUCAUGAGACCUAGUCGCCAGAACACAAAGUCGAUAAAAGGACAAAUCAAGUAUUUGGUGUAUUGCAUGGAGAAUGCUAUUUUAAACCUGGCACCAGACCAAGAACAGAUGGUCUGGCUAAUUGAUUUUGAGGGUUUCAAUUUGUCACAUAUUUCCGUGAAGGUGACUCGAGAAACUGCCCAUGUUUUGCAAGAAUGUUAUCCUGAACGCCUUGGUCUGGCAAUAUUAUACAACCCACCUAAGUUUUUCGAGCCAUUCUGGAUGGUGGUGAAGCCCUUUUUAGAGCCCAAAACUGCAAAUAAAGUCAAGUUUGUUUACUCUGAUGACCUCAACUCCAAGAAAAUAAUGGAGGAUAUAUUUGAUAUGGAACACCUUGAGUUUGCAUUUGGUGGAAAUGAUAGCAUGGGGUUUGACAUAAAUAAAUAUGCUGAAAGGAUGAGAGAAGAUGACAAAAAGAUACCAGCUUUUUGGACAAGAGAACACCCUGCCUCAACAGCACUACAACCAUCUCUGCCAUGUGCUUUAGAUUCAAUCAACUUAAAUUCUGUUUCUGUUUCUGAUGCUUCUGAUGAUGAGAAAACAGAUUGUUCACCCUCUCUCCAGGUGGAAUCGGAAGCUGUCUCCCCAGGCGAGAAUAUGGUGGCAACUAAUGGAAGCAAACAUGCCAUCUAAGAUGUAUAUUAGAAUGAAGAAUAACAAAACUUGAACCCUAUCUUGAUUAAGGUAUGGUGACUCAACCAUACAAAUGUACCUUGCUGACCGUUUUAAUGUAUCUUGUUAGCAUUGUGAAGAUUCCAUGGGUGAUUUUCCCAUGUGGAGUAAAGCCAAUGGAGAUUACAACAGGCAUUGUAUGCAUGUUUCUGUCUUCAGCAUUCUUUCCUGUGUCUCCAAUGUAGUUAAACCCCAGAUUUAUUCCUUAAAAGGGAGAACUGCUUAUUAGGUUACAACACCACUUGUAAGUUGUAACCACUACUUCCCCCAUUUAUAAAUGUAAGAAGUUGGUGUCCCCUUCAAUUUGGCAAUGAA